UGUCUGUGCUUCAAAUCUCAACCCGAAACCCUGCCAGCUCCAGAUGGUGAACCUCAUUCUGUAUGGUACCGAGAGUAGUCCUCCCGUGAGGGCUGUACUCCUUACCCUCCGGUCCCUGAAGCUGGAGCACCAGUUCCGGCAACUGGACAUGCAAGCCGGCGAGCACUUGGAGCCGGAAAUGUUGCGCAAGAAUCCCCAGCACACGGUGCCCAUGUUAGAGGAUGAGGGCGAAGUGUAUAUCUGGGAUUCCCAUGCCAUUAUUGGCUAUCUGGUGAACAAGUACGCCCAGUCGGAUGAACUGUAUCCCCGGGAUCCCUUCCAGCGGGCCGUGGUCGAUCAGAGGCUGCACUUCGAGACGGGAGUCCUGUUCCACGGCAUCUUCAAGCAACUUCAGAAGGCACUCUUCAAGGAGAAUGCCACCGAGGUGCCAAAGGAUCGUCUAGCUGAGCUGCAGGAUGCCUAUGGCCUGCUGGAGCAGUUUCUGGACCAGAAUCCCUAUGUGGCUGGAUCGCAGCUGACCAUUGCGGACUUUAGCAUCGUGUCCACGAUGAGCACUCUGCACUUGAGCUAUUGUCCUGUGGACGGUGCCAAGUACCCGAAACUUUCCGCCUGGCUGGCUCGCCUGUCCACCCUGCCCUUCUACGAGGAGGACAACCUGCGCGGCGCCCGCAUCCUGGCCGAGCGCAUCCGUGCCAAGCUGCCCAAGCAGUUCGACAAGCUCUGGCAGAAGGCCUUCGAGGAUAUCCGCAGCGGAGCGAUUAUCAACUGAACUGGAAGGUCCUUUUUUUUUGCUCCUUUUAUUGAAAGCCAUCAGUAAUAAACACAUAAAUGAUUCUUUA